AAUACAGGUAAGUGUGUUAACAGACCAGGUGGAGGCUCAGGGGGAGAAGAUUCGAGAUUUGGAGGUUUGUCUUGAAGAGCACAGAGAGAAGUUGAAUGCCACAGAAGAGAUGCUGCAGCAGGAGCUUCUGAGUAGGACAUCCUUAGAAACUCAGAAGUUGGAUCUGAUGGCUGAAAUAUCUAACUUGAAGUUGAAGCUGACGGCUGUAGAGAAGGACAGAUUGGAUUAUGAAGAUAAGUUCAGAGACACAGAGGGGCUGAUUCAGGAGAUCAAUGAUUUGAGGUUGAAAGUUAAUGAAAUGGGCAGUGAAAAACUUCAGUAUGAAAAAAAGCUUGAAUCAACCAAAUCUUUAAUGGCCAAACUUUCUAGCAUGAAAAUCAAGGUGGGUCAGAUGCAGUAUGAAAAGCAGCGGAUGGAACAAAAAUGGGAGUCACAGAAGGAUGAACUGGCAUCUUUAAAAGAACAACUAGAAGAAAAGGAAUCUGAAGUAAAAAGACUACAAGAAAAAUUGGUUUGCAAGAUGAAAGGAGAAGGGAUUGAAAUUGUUGAUAGAGAUGAAAAUUUUAAAAAGAAGCUCAAAGAAAAAAACGUCGAAGUACAAAAAAUGAAAAAAGCUGUGGAGUCUUUGAUGGCAGCAAAUGAAGAAAAGGAUCGGAAAAUAGAAGAUCUUCGACAGUGCCUGAACAGGUACAAGAAAAUGCAAGAUACUGUGGUACUGGCCCAGGGUAAAAAAGGCAAAGAUGGGGAAUAUGAAGAUCUGCUCAAUUCCAGUUCCAUCUCAACUUUGCUGGAUGCACAGGGUUUCAGUGAUCUGGAGAAAAGUCCAUCACCCACUCCAGUAACGGGAUCUCCCAGUCGUGACCCAUUUAACACAAGUGUUCCCGAAGAGUUCCAUAGCACCGUCUUGCAAGUUUCCAUCCCUUCAUUAUUGCCAGCAACCAUAAGCAUGGAAACUUCUGAAAAAUCAAAGUUGACUCCUAAGCCAGAGACUUCAUUUGAAGAAAAUGAUGGGAAGAUGAUCCUUGGUGCUACUGUUGAUACCCAACUGCGUGAUAGUCUUUUAACUUCAAGUCUGCAAAAGUCCAGCAGCCUGGGCAAUCUGAAGAAAGAGACAUCUGAUGGGGAAAAGGAAUCUAUUCAGAAGACUUCAGAGGACAGAGCUCCAGCAGAAAGCAGGCCAUCUGGGACCCUGCCUCCCAGACCCCCAGGGCAGGUCACCUCCGUGGACGACAACCCCUUCGGCACUCGAAAAGUCAGAUCUUCCUUUGGCCGGGGCUUUUUUAAAAUCAAAAGUAACAAGAGAACAGCAAGUGCACCAAACUUGGAUCGUAAACGAAGUGCCAGUGCACCCACCUUAGCUGAGACAGAAAAAGAGACAGCAGAGCACCUAGACCUGGCUGGUGCUUCUUCUCCGCCAAAAGAUUCACAGGGGAACAGUCCCUUCCAGAUACCGCCUCCAUCUCCAGAUUCCAAAAAGAAAUCCAGAGGUAUCAUGAAACUCUUUGGAAAACUUAGGAGAAGUCAAUCAACUACAUUCAACCCAGAUGACAUAUCUGAGUCCGAAUUCAAAAGAGGAGGUACAAGGGCAACUGCAGGGCCCCGACUGGGUUGGUCUCGAGACUUGGGACAGUCUAACAGUGACUUGGAUAUGCCAUUUGCCAAGUGGACCAAGGAGCAGGUUUGCAAUUGGCUCAUGGAACAGGGCUUGGGCUCCUACCUGAAUUCUGGCAAGCAGUGGAUUGCGUCUGGCCAAACGCUUUUGCAGGCUUCUCAACAAGAUCUAGAGAAGGAACUUGGAAUCAAGCAUUCACUUCAUCGAAAGAAGCUCCAGCUGGCACUACAAGCCCUGGGAUCUGAAGAAGAAACUAAUCAUGGGAAGCUGGAUUUCAACUGGGUCACUAGAUGGUUGGAUGAUAUUGGCCUCCCUCAGUAUAAGACCCAGUUUGAUGAAGGACGGGUCGAUGGUCGAAUGCUACACUACAUGACUGUUGAUGACUUACUGUCUUUGAAGGUUGUGAGUGUGCUACACCAUCUCAGUAUCAAAAGGGCCAUCCAGGUCCUGAGAAUCAAUAACUUUGAACCAAAUUGUCUACGGAGGCGGCCAUCUGAUGAGAAUAGCAUCACCCCAUCAGAAGUUCAGAAGUGGACGAACCAUCGAGUGAUGGAGUGGCUGCGUUCCGUGGACUUGGCAGAAUAUGCCCCCAAUCUCAGAGGCAGUGGCGUCCAUGGCGGGCUCAUGGUUCUAGAACCUCGUUUUAAUGUAGAAACAAUGGCUCAGUUAUUGAACAUCCCACCAAAUAAGACUUUGCUGCGAAGACAUUUGGCCACUCAUUUCAACCUUCUGAUCGGGGCUGAGGCCCAGCACCAGAAGCGAGAUGCCAUGGAGCUGCCAGAUUAUGUCCUUCUAACAGCUACUGCCAAAGUGAAGCCAAAGAAACUUGCCUUUAGCAAUUUUGGGAAUUUGAGAAAGAAGAAACAGGAAGAUGGUGAAGAAUAUGUUUGUCCAAUGGAAUUGGGACAGGCAUCAGGAAGUGCAUCUAAGAAAGGAUUUAAAGCUGGUUUGGAUAUGCGCCUGUAUGAUGAAGAUGAUUUGGACCGGUUAGAGCAGAUGGAAGAUUCAGAAGGGACAGUGAGACAGAUAGGUGCAUUCUCUGAAGGCAUCAACAACCUGACACACAUGUUAAAAGAAGAUGACAUGUUUAAAGAUUUUGCUGCCCGUUCCCCCAGUGCCAGCAUUACAGAUGAAGACUCAAACGUUUGACCAUAGCACCUGGAUGAACAUGAGGAGUGCUUAGUCUCUUUCCUGCUUUCUUUUCCAAAUACUCACAGUAUAUACAACAGGCAACAGAUGGUCUAUUGUUUGUUGUUCCAACUUCUGCUCCUUGAGAAGUUUACACAGAAAGCAGGAGUAACGUGCCGAUUCUGAAGUUGCCACAAAAAAAUAAGACACUGGUGAAUGAGAGUAUAAUUGUUUUUCUUCUAUUUAAUGUAAAAAUCUGUGAUAUAUUAUAUUUAAAGUAUUGCAUUUAAGAUG